CCGACGGUGGAAGAGUGGCAGGAGCUGUGGAAAGCAUGGGAUUGUGUCACUUUGGGAAUGAUCCCUCGUGAGAUGUUGCUUCAAAAGCCGAUCGACCUUCGCCACAAAUGUCUUUUCUACAUCGGUCAUAUACCUACCUUUUUGGACAUGCUUCUCGCGAAGCAGCUGGGUGAGCCCAACACAGAGCCCAAGCGAUUCAUGUCGAUUUUUGAAAGGGGAAUCGACCCACACGUCGAUGAUCCGGAGUAUUGCCACUCGCAUUCUGAGGUGCCGGAGAAAGACGAAGACUGGCCAGCGAUAGAAGAAGUUGUUGCCUUCCGCGACCGUGUACGUGCACGGCUGCUCAGGGUUUACAGCGAGCUCGACUCUGGCACCCGGAUCAUUGACCGACGCCUUGCUCGCGUGCUCAUGAUGACGCUCGAACACGAAGGCUGGCAUGUCGAAACUCUCCUUUACAUGCUCAUUCAACGUGCCGGCACCGGAACAUUACCCCCGCCUGGCUUUCCGUCGCCCGAUUACGACGCCUUGACUGCAGAGUGGUCCCUGAUACAGAAACCGAGCACACCUACUAUCACGCUUGGCCCAGCCCAAGUGUGGCUCGGCCAUGAUGACUCGGAGCUGGACGACCUUCUCCCCUCGCUAUCAGCGCUCUCUCCUGAGGAGAGGAGGCGGGACGUUGAUGAACACGAAUUUGGCUGGGACAACGAGAGCCCGCGACGCGUCGUAGAGGUGGGGAAGUUCAUGGCUGAGUGGCGGCCAGUAACGAACGCGGAAUAUAUGGCAUUCUGGAAGGGCGCUGGUCAAUCCAGGCCCAUGCCAACCACUUGGGUAGAAGAGGACGGAGAACUGAAGAUUCGUACUCUGCACGGCCCUAUCUCCUUCGCUAUCGGCGCGGAGUGGCCAGUUCAGACUUCCUACGAUAAUAUGGAGGCCUACGCCCAACACAAGGGUGGCCGGCUUCCCACCGAGGCGGAGCUGAGGCUCUUCCUGGACAGGUACGAAGUCGGGCACGAUGGCGGAGCCAAUGUAGGCUUCCGCAACUGGCACCCUACCCCCGCGACCACAGGCCGUGCUGACAACGAUGGUCGUGGUUCAAACGGCGGUGUUUGGGAAUGGACGAGUACACUCUUCGAGUCUCAUGACGGUCUAGCACCUACCAAUAUCUUCCCUGGGUACUCAACCGAUUUCUUCGAUGGAGUACACCAUGUGGUACUCGGCGCUUCGUAUGCCACCAUCCCUCGCAUAGCAGGGCGACGUACCGUAAGGAAUUUCUGGCAGCACAACUAUCCAUACCCUUGGAUUGGAGCUAGAGUGGUUUACGAUGCGUAA